CCGUCGGUAGCGUCGUACAGCAACACUGGAGGGAGAGGUAUGACCUGCUGUGUGUGUCGAGCCUCUGCAGCCACAUGACCGGGAGACGUGCAAGGAACGAGACGUCGGGAUGUCGGUGUCAUGAUGAGAGCUAGCUGCUCCGUCGGGGGAUGGAGUCCGGCUGCUUCCCUCCAGCCCUUUCUUUCCACCACGUUUGUAGUUAGUUGGUUAGUUAGUUAGGCUUGUUUAGUUCAUCUAAUGGGCCAUCCUUCUUUGCGAGUGCAUGUCAUGGAAGGAGGAGCCUCAAACUAAAGGAGACCAAACCAGGCAGCCAGAAAGAACCCAGACCUCGACCGUCUCUUCGGAAUGAAUCUUCUCUUCCUAAUGGGAUGAAAUGCCUUGACCGUACCGCCGCCGAACCAUGGCAGGUUUAGUCUCCACUGUGGGUUUAGUGGUGAUGCUCGGGGCACUCAUGCAUGCCCAUGGCCAGCGUGCAGUGUGUCUGGGGAUGACCGUGUUGGGAACAGUGAUCGCAGCUGACUCACCUGUUGCAGAUGAUUCUCCGUUGGCCUCCGCAAAGUACCCCGGGGGAUUUCCUGGACAUGGUCAAAGUUCAACAGGGUUCAAACCAUCAGCCUUACCAGCCUCAUAUCAUACUGCCUUCGAGGGCCCACACUCACCCGGUGCCCUGCCAUCAGUUUCUGAACCAAAACGUGUAGUUAGGACUGCCGACAACACACAUUUUCAGUGGGGACGUGUUGCUUUUGAAAACUCCAAAUCCUCCCCAGCAAGUGAAGUCCCUGCAGAAGAACCAUAUCCUCUGGACGCUCCUUCAUUAAGCCCCUCUGAACCUAUAUUGGGUUCUAGUCCACAAUUUGAGGCAGCUAAAUCCUUCGCAGACUGGAAGCUGGCCAGGACAAGGCCGUCCACGCAAUCUUUCUCUCUCUCUCCAAUUCCUACAAGAUCCCAGCUGCAGCCUCAGCCGAAUAUAUCCAUGGCGUCAUUAAACCCCACUGCUUUUACAAGGUCAACCUCACCUCAGCUAGAUCCUAAUUAUGAGCAGAACCCACUCAACAAGCAGCAGGGGGGUGCAUCAGAUCAAACGGAGGCAAUUGUGACCUCAUUUCCCGCUCAGCCUCUUCAGCCCCCUACACUGUCUGUCCAUGACUUUGCAGUAGAUGAAUCUUUGAGUAGAAUCCUGGACGCGAACCAGCCGAGCCCCAGCAGCGCCCCCUUGAAGGACAACAAACCAACACGGGACAUAAACAUGCUACCAAACCCAGAUGAGAUUCUGGCCCCUGGCUACAAUGUGCCUUUCAUCGUCCCCCACCCUACAUCCGCUUCAUCUGAACCCACCGAGGUCCCUCCAGAGGACUUCUACUCCACCAACACCAUGGAAGUGGACUGGGGGUCUGGAGACUACUUAGAGACAAUGUCCUUCCUAAAUGCAGAUGGAGAGGACUACUCUCUGGUCACAAAGGUGCCCUCUGACUCGUACGAUCUGGAGGACUAUACAGAAAGCUACGACACAUCCUUCCCUUCCAGAGUCGGCAUAUCCCCGUCGUCUCUGCAACCUCUGCAUGCGUCACGUUCUCCCAGCCUCACCACAACCUACACCACUAUUGAUCCUCUUAAAUCCAUUGAUCCUUCCUCUUUGUCUUCUACAAUUCAUUUGACACUGGACCCCACUCCCGCAGCUGACAGUGAUGUACCCGACGCAUCAGACGUAGAUUGGCCCAAUACGUUCACAAUUCAACCGACAGAUGUUCUCUUACCUGACAUGAACAGCUUGGAAUAUUACGUCACUCAGUUGUCCAAGGAGAAGGACGGUUCAGAACCCGGAGCUGAACACAGAGGGAAGGUUACCUCGGUAUCCAUCGGUACUACAGACAUCACACCCACAGGCAGUGUCACCAAUGCUCCCGAAUGGACUGAGGAUGAGUCCUCCAGUGAACUAUCAGGGCUGGAGCCUCAAGAUGAAUCAACCCCAGUCGUGGCAACAGAGGAGAGUCCUCAGCCGGUCAACGCCUCUGAGCCUUUUCUGGAUCCGUCCAUAGUCCCGUUACACGUCUUUGGGCUAUCUUCUUCUGACCGGGGUGGUCAAGUGUCCACCACUGUUGGCCCGGAAAGCACUUCUGUGUUAACAGAAGCUAUGCUAGCCAGUGCCACGCCUUUGCUGCCAAAUGAUGUCAUAGUGUCCUCCUCUCUGACAGAUGUCCAUUGGUUUGUUACAGAGUCAUUCCCAUCAAGUUCCAUACACACCACUCCUGUCGUAACUGCAACCAUUGUCUUCUCUCCAGUUCCCACCGAACCUGCUGGUUUGACAGAAUCAACUCCCCAGGACUCUACUUUCACAACUGAACCAACUGUAAAUACAACUCCAGUUUCAACUGAACCCAUAUCUAACAGCACUCUGGGCCCUCUGGUUGUGUUGGGGGAUCAGGGGGUGACUGAAGAUCAAGUUCACAUCCCAGCCACAAUGACCUCGAUCCCAAAUAGCAGCGAAGCUAAUACAGAUUCUGAAGUACCCACAACCACAGCUGCCCUCACUACUUCUCAUCAAGCCACAACUAACUCUACUGCCACCACCGAAGCCUCGAGUGUCAACGUCAUCUCCACCAGCAGAGGAAGGACCACAACAACAGCACCAACGUCAAGACCCGACUCCUGCAACCUUGACAGGCCUGCUUAUUUAGUCAAAAUUGGUUUUCCUUCCGGGGCCACUGUUGGAUAUGCCAAAUCUCAAGUGAGAGACAUACUGAAAGGGGAAUUCAACAAGUCUAUGGAGCUGCAGGUUGUGGACCCCCCACCAAAGUUUGUGUUUCGAGUGGUGUCCGGUCCAGUCGUGUACACGGCCAUAUCCGUCAUUAAUGCUCUACGGAGGUCAGGACGCCGAUUCCUGUCUGUGUCUCCCAGCUGGACAACACCCGACAGAAGAUAUCAAGUCCACACAGUGCUGCAGUUUGUUCCCAGCGACAUCGAUGUGCGGUUCUGCAACUUCAGUGAGAGCGUCGAGAAAGGUUUGACCAUGGCCUUUGCAGAAGUGCGCCGGCGCUCAAAGCAGUCAACCGACUUCACAGUGCAUAUUGUAAACAUCACCACGGCUGCUCCUAAAUAUCAGGAGCAACGGCUGGUGAGGCAACCAGUGGACUUGACCUUCACAGUGCGUGCUCCAAGGGGUUAUCUGGUGGGGUCAGAGGUCAGCAAUGCUCUGAUGAAGCUCACAAUGGUGGAAUUCAGCUACUACAUGGGCUUUCCUGUACUGCAGAUUGCUGAGCCUUUUCAUUAUCCAGAAUUGAACACCAGCCAGGUGCUUCGCUCCUCCUGGGUUAGAACAGUGCUCCUGGGUGUGAUGGACCAGAAAGUGGGCGAGAGGACCUUCCAGGCCAACAUGGAGCGCCGGGUGGCCAUGUUGCUCGGGGAGGCAACGGGAUUAAUCCGACGUGUUAAGAGAGCGACCCUUAUAGGCAACAGCAGUGUUCAGGUUGUAAGUGCGAGCCGACUGGUGGGUGCGGACCAUCCCUUGGAGAUGGUGUAUUUUGUGGAGAGUCCUGGUGGUCAGAGGAUGCCUGCAGCGCAUACAGCCAACCUACUCAACGGCCUGGAUGUUCAAAGGGCGGCCAUCGUCUUGGGAUAUCGUGUCCAGGGCAUUUUGGCACAGCCUGUAGAGAAGACGGCGCCGUCGCCCUCUGACGCCGAGAACACCAACACGUGGAUCGUCAUCGGGGUUGUGAUUCCCCUCCUCGUCGUCCUCGUCAUCAUUUCCAUCCUGUACUGGAAACUGUGUCGGACAGACAAGCUGGAGUUCCAGCCGGACGCCAUGACCUCCAUCCAGCAGAGACAGAAGACACCAGUAGCUCUUCCCAAGAGCAAACGGAGAAUGAGCACGGAGGAGGAGGAAGAAGAGGAAGAGGAAGAAGUGGAAGAGGAGGAAGAAGACGAAGACAAAGAUGAGGAAAAAGAGACAUUUAAAAAGAAAGGAGUUAAACGAGAAGAACAAAAAAGACAAGAGAGCAAAUCAAUGCUGAUGAAAACAGGAGAGCGGAAGAAGGAAGACAAAAUGAAAGUGUUCCCUAAAGGGAGGAGAACCAAGGACGAGUUGCAGGCUCCUAGUGUGAAAGGAUUCGACUUUGCCAAGCUGCACCUUGGCCAGAACAGUAAGGAUGAUGUCAUGGUGAUCCAGGAGCCCGGCCCCGGCCCCCUCCACCUGUCCCUUAAAGACGGCCUCAGUCCAUCUGAGAACGGGGAGAUGCCCACACCCGUGUCCAAGACCUCCACCAAGGCGUCCCGCAGCGGUCGCAGGCGAGAAAGGAUCUCGCCGUCUGAUGGGGACUCUGUGGUAAGCGACCCUUCCAGCGAGCGGGAAUCAACUGAGGAGAACCUGAGAGCCCACGCCACGCCCAACGACGGCAAGCAGACCCGUAAGGUCCCCAUCAAUGUUUUAAAUGGCAAGAAUAGAAUUGGUCCUCCUCCUAUGAAUGCUACAAACGAGCAGCUGUCCUCAGCCUCCAUCUUUGAACAUGUUGAUCGGAUGUCUCGUGCCACAGACGCAAGCAGGAGACUACCAAACAAAAUCCAGCUCAUCGCCAUGCAGCCCAUGCCUGUCCCCCCACUGCACAACCCACCCAUCAACGGCAAACUGUCCGACAGCAACCAAAUCAACAAAGAGAUCCAGGUCGCGUUGAGGCACAAGUCAGAGAUCGAGCACCAUCGUAAUAAGAUCCGUCUGCGUGCCAAGAGGAAGGGCCACUACGACUUCCCUGCUAUGGAUGACACGGCCAGUGGCCUCGGAGAUGCGAGGGACCAGGAUUGCAUCUAUCAUAAAGCACAGAUACAGAUCGAUAAGAUCCUGGACCCGGACGCCCAGAUGCCGCCCAUCUUCAUGGAAUCCAAGAAAAGUUAUCGUGGUCGGCGCUCUCCCAAACAUAGAAUGAAGGGGCAGCUGAACGGAGGCCGAUUGGAGCCCGACAAAGACCACCUCAUCACUGAAGACGGCGAUGCCGUCUACAGAAAGUGUCCUGGAGUCCACAACGUGGCCUACGUGUCGGACCCUGACCAAAGCCCAGGGUCCCCUCACGAGAGCCCCUCCCCCACCGAUGACAUCUUCCUGGGUCCCGCUUCCUCCCCUCCAGGCCACGCCCCUCCCCCGCCCCCCUACAUGCCUCCACAGCCGACCAUCGAGGAGGCACGACAGCAGAUGCACUCCCUGCUGGACGACGCCUUUGCCCUGGUGUCGCCCAACUCCCAGGGCAGCACGUCAGGGAUCACUCUCCCUGGGGUCAACACCAACCCGCCGGUCUCCAGCCCCCUAGGCCGUGGUUCCAGGCCUUGGGGUCCCUCUUACCAAGCGCUUUGUCCUUUCCCCGGUAGGUUCACUGAGCCGAGCUUGUCCCCUCCUCCGGUCCAAGGCCUGACACCACGGCAGGGCCCCGGCUCCAGCUACCUGCCACCAGGAGAAUCUGCGGGGCAGUGUGAGCAGCUCCAGCCAGACAGCCUGUACUCCAGCAGGGGCCUCUACGCUGACGAGCUGCCCUCCUCCGCCCGACCGCGACCAGUGGGCGGAACGACAGGCGCCCAGCUCCAUCAUCUUACACAGGUGGGGUUGUCCAGCCGGAUGAAUGGUUACCCAGCGGGGGUCAGGCCGGCUCCGGGGCAGAACGGAGGCAUCGGCUGGAACCACUACCAUGGCGACAACUUCUCCACCAGGGCGGAGCCGGAAAAAGAUGCAUUCCUGGACUGUCCUGACUUCACGUCCUCCUCUGUCUUCCAGAAGCCCAGAGGUGGUAUCAGGGAGCCUUCGGCGCCCCCGGGCCACCUCGACACUCCGGGGGUGGGAUAUCUGUCGGCCCCUCCCCCCCUGGAUACAUCUCCCCCGACCCACUCCUCCGCCUCCCUGAUCAAGGCCAUCAGGGAGGAGCUGUUGCGACUCUCCCAGAAACAGGCAGCUGUGCCCAGCUACCACAGCUGAGGCCUGCAGCCUGUCGCUCUCACCAGUCACGCCACUGACCCCGCCCCCGCCUGCCGCGCCUAAUCUGAAACCACUUCCCAUGGAAGUCCCCGAGGGUGUGCAGCGGAGAGAUAAUCCCGCUCAACUGAAACGAGGAGGUGGCUCAUAGAGAUGUACAGCCGGAGAACUGAAGGACGGGAUGGUCGCCACAGCUGCAGUGCGUCCAAUCAAAGACAGUGUUAUGAAGCCAAGAACAAUAUGACCGGAGCUGCUGACCGGUGAGACGACGUGACGGGUCAGUCCCGCACCCCGUCGUAGAUCAGGUCCAGGAUCUGUUUGAGGUUGUGCUGCAUUGAUUCAGACUCGUGGUUUCAUUCUCUCGCUGCCUUCACAGGAACACCCCCCAAGACGCAUUACAAUACCAUGCAGGCCCUUAACCUCGUUACCACCACCGGGUGCUACUUCCUGUUUCCUGCCACGAUGAGCCACGCUACGCCUUGACACUGUGAUGGAGUUCACCCGACCCGAUCUGUUGUACGAGCCUGCAGUGAGGUCAAAGCUCGCAGCGAGCCAGGAGGCACGGAGGGGCAGACGUAUUAACACUCCCUCGUCGGUCCGUACUCACGGCAGUAGCACAGCUAGUGUGACGUCGAUAGUCUUUAAACUCUUUGACUUACAGUAAAUACGCUUUCUGGACAACUUGCAUUCAUGUCCCGUGUUUUGAUUUAUGUUUCGUAGCCAAUAUGACAAACAUGGCCUUGACAUCACAUUCGUUUUUUCAUGAGACGCAGAUGUGUUCCGAAUAAUAAGUGACGAUUUGUGGUCUGCACUUGAGAAUCAGGGUGUAUUGUGUUGGGUCGUAGUUUGAUGCACUGAAUGCCGACUCCGAGCUCAGGUCACGUCUGAACGGUGACGUGUGAGAACUGUUCGCGAGGGAGUCCCAGAGACCACGAUUCUUUCCUUUGACAUGAACCUGUACUUACUAUGUACUCAACCACCAUGUCUGCUCCAUGCAGUAUUCAACAUGCUCUUUGUUCACACAGGAAGGGGAAGACGUGUUCUGUGUUUGCUGUCGUUUACCAUUUACUUCGGCCAGCUUUGUGUUUUGUUGUAUUUUCAUGUCUUGGGCUUGACCUCGCCUCCUUGUUUCCUCUCAGAGUCUCUCAGUCAUCGGACCGGUGGGAAAUCAUCCGAGGUCACCGAUAUAUUUUGUACAUGCCCCUCCCUCGACAUGUUGUGAUAUUUUGGGGCCUGAAGUGAUAUUAUAUUUAAAUUAAAUAAAAGAGAAAAUGAUGGAUGGCGUAAAGCAGCGCUGGGGAUUAUGUUUGAGGAGAGGGGGGUAAACAAGCCUUUCUUGUUUCAAUGUGUCGUGCCUUUUGGACUCACCUGGACCCGUUCGGUCCUGGGUCCCGUUUAACCGUCACUGUCAUGGUAUCCGAGGUUCUGCUGCAGCGGUCCGGUCUAUCACGUAGAUGUUACAGUUCUGGUCUGUUGGUGCUCUCGGGAGCGUCGGGAUGAAUCCAUUCAGGAAACAAACGACAACAAACACGGUCAUCGUGUCUCCUUCGACAUGCGGGGAGAUGGUUACUGUCUGGUUUUCGAUCCCACGUUAUGGUCACGUGUUGUGUUUCUAAUCUCACACUGCCUGCCUCCAUCUGCUGGUCAUGUACUGUCACAACAUCCCAACAUACUCCUGUGUUCAUCUUCAACUCCUUUUUAUGAUCAUUCUUUAUUUGUUGGUGUUGUUGUAGUUUUUUUCAUCUAUUUCUACAUCUUGUAUUUUGUAAAAAUUGAUCUGUUGGCUGGCCCAACUUUAUGUUUGAUGGAUGUUGCAUGUUUAAUUAUUGUAUUUCCUUUUGUUCUUUUUUGAGCAUGCUGUUCCAAAGUUCUUGAAAUACAAAAGAAACUCACUUGA